GAGAGUGCCAGUGGGCUCUUCACUCCGCUUUUCGCAAAAGAAUCGUCACCAAUCUCACCAGAGUCUCAGAACAUCGGCCUUGGAGAGGACGCUUAUACAGAAUCACCUCUGAAGCAAGGAGUCACCGCUGAGCAGCUGUUGCAACAGCCUGAGGGUAACAGUUCUGUGGAUGAAGGUCACCAAGAAGGUUGUCAUGAAGAUUUGCCACCAGAGAAGACUCGAGAAUCAACUAUUGAAGACUUUGUCGACCUGCAAGAGCCGAGCGAGGACCUUGCUGCCAACUCUCCUGUGCUGAAGCCGACCAAAGAAGGCCUAGAAAGUGUAGUCGACAUUGAACAACUCGAGCUCAUGUAUCCUUCAGAUUCGGAUUCCGGUGCUCGCAGCGAGGUAGGCGAUCGCGAUGUUCGACCUACCGAGACGGGUGGCGAUGCAGAUGCGGAGGGUGACGUCGAUCCGGAUUAUGAUGCAGGCCGCAGGCAAAGUUCUACAGGUGAACUGGCCCCUCGGACGCCUCAGACGAACGGUCUCGAUCAUCCUACGGACACUGACGAAGUGGUCUCAUCUGAGGUUGCCGGGGAAGAGACAAAUUUUGACGUCGGUCAGGACCAGAAGGCACCGUCAGCGGAUGAUUAUGCAGCGAGGUAAGCUUUAUCUGCACAGCUUGAGCGUUCCAAUUGACUUACACCCGACGCGGCUCAGCUCUGAGACUUCCAGGGCUGUUAAGCGUGGCAGAUCCUCUGAAAACCAAGAGAAUGGAACAGUCGCAUCACGUGAUAGGGGCAAAAAGCAGGUCAUGGAGUCGGCGAUUGCGGAGUCAAGCCAGGAAAUUGUAGAACAUCGGCCCCUCAAACGCCAGCGAAUCGGUUCAGUGCUUCCGCCGCGAAUCACUCGUUCCAUGACUGUCAAGGACACUGCAUCGACUAUCGCGCGUCACCUUGAUGAGAGCCUAUCCCCUCGUUCCGAGAAGGACAAGGGUAAACAGAAAGAGGAAGAGGGUGAUAAUGUCAGCGAGACUCCCUCGACCAACCAGAAACCUACUAAUGGUAGUGAUGGUACUUUUCCCGGCGCACAGCAAGAAUCGACCAGUCGCGAUACAUCUCGAGCAUCGUCGAUUGCCCCUACUGCUCCGAUAAACGAUUCCAGUGCACUGCCUGCAUCGCCUACAGCCCCGCACACAUUGAUGCAUUCGCACCAUCUCAGACGAUCAGUGCCACCUUUGGAACGCUCGCCCACCCGUGGCUUUGUUCAUAUCCAUGGUCUCCCCGCUUCAUCUGGGUCAUCGCCUUUGGAGAAACCCAAGAGACGCUCACCAUCGAUGCCUCCGCCAUCAUCCUCUCAGAUUUCGGCGGAGCCAGGGCCAUCUCAGCAGGCUACUCAGCUUUCAUCGAGCUCUCCAGUUACUCGAUCAAAUUGUCGCUUCCAUAGGAUCAGUAUCCCUCAUGAGGAGGAUGGACCUCGCGUAUUCUUUGCUGUCCCUGGUUGUUCUCUAGGUGAUGCGGAGCUCAUGGAAGAAGAGGACAUCGAAGAUCACGGUCCACUGUUGAUCAAUUCACGCGUACGCCUGGAGGAUGAUCUGGAAGCUUUAGACCUAGAUCCAAACCUGGUCGGAGUCCUGCGUCAGUUGGUCGGUGUCGAUCUGCUUCGAGAACAGGAGGUCUUCUACAUCACAGAACCUGGCGAAUCCAUUCGAUACAAGCAUAAAGCAAAGUCUUUCGCGAGCCAGAGUAAGCUCUCGGGACAUUCUCGCAAGUCCAUCGGGUCGCGCAGCUUCUCGGCAGCUGGAUCUUCUGGUCCUCCUGUUAUCAGCGGAAACGUCUCAGUCGGUUCACUACCUUCUCCAGCCGCUUCAGUGUCCACUUCAAUUUCCGGUAAAAUCAAAAGUCGUCUGUCUGCAGCUGGCAGCGUGGCGACAACUGAGUCUAUAACAGAUAGCGAACUCAGCGAUUUGAGCGAGGAUGAAGAGGCAGCCACGAAGCGACCCAACGACCAUCGUGACUCCGACAUAUUCGCGAAAGGCGAAGUAGAGAAGGGUGAAUCACCGUUAAAGGCAUCCACGUCUACUCCCAUCCGGACAUAUGCUGGGCGCCGCAGGCGUCAUCAUACUACUGAUGAUUCCGCUGAGAAGCUGGGAGAGGACGCCGCUGAGGACUCUCCUGAAGAAGAGCACGUGGAUGCUGGCAAACAGAAGAACAAUAGAAGAAGCUCCAAACGGUCUAGGGAUGAUGAGGCAAAUGAGUCACAGGCAGGGUCCGGCGGCAUUCCUCUCAAGAAACAAAGAGUCCGAGGAAAAGCUAGCACGGAUGACAAUUAGAGGAUAUACAAACGUUCAUAAAUGGCCUCAAGCCUGUGAUGCAAUCCGAACGUCUGCUUCAAUGCGAGUUUGUAGCAGUAGCAUAAUUUGACAAAAUAUCGUCAACCUCAGGAUGA